UGCUAAUAACCCAUAGUUUUCUGCUGAAAGGGAAAGAUAACAGCCCUGUUCCUCAACAUUACUUCCCCCUUAACAGCCUUUCUCUGCUGACCUCUGGAUUGCUCCUCACAGUGAGGGCUCUGUGUUCACACUUUAGCAGUCUUUGCCUUCCAACACUGAGCACCUGAUAAACACGUCAAGCAUCGAGUUUUACAGUGUGCAAACCUUCAAGAACCUGCAAACCAGGUGGAGCCCACAUGGUCGUCUCCCCAUGGACAGCACAAAAGUGCUCCUGACUUGUGGGGCUUUGAACCUGCAGUGUGAGGACCAAAGCCUGGCGCAGGGUAGGGCUGGGCUGGCCAGUCUUUUCACGUCCACUCUACCCUGUCCAGCAGGACGGCUCCUCUCCAGGUAGGACAGUGCUUGAGAGACAGAGGAUGAAUGUCCUUAAACAAAAGCAGAUGAGCUUGCUGCCUCAGGACCUCUAACUUAGCAAGGCCAGGCCGCUGGGCAGGUAUCCUGCUCCUGAGUGGAUGAUGUUGUAAUGGGACAAGACACCUGCCCAGCCUGUUCCAAGAUUUGUGAGGUCAGAAGCCUGAGCCUGGAUCUGGGCGUGGCCACUCCAUGAUGCUCUAAGCCCACCUGUACUUCUCCAGCUUGAGUCCCACCCUCUGUGCAGCCUGCAGCGCUAUGGAGUGGGGCAACAGCUCCCUGUACGCUGACUUUGUCCUCCUGGGGUUAUUCAGUGGCAGCCGCUUCCCCUGGCUGCUCUUUUCCCUCAUUCUCCUGGUCUUUGUGAUCUCCAUUGCCAGCAACACCACCAUGAUCCUGCUCAUCCGCGCGGACCCCCGGCUGCACACCCCCAUGUACUUCCUGCUCAGCCAGCUCUCUCUCAUGGACAUCCUGUACAUCUCCACCAUUGUGCCCAAGAUGCUGCUGGACCAGGCCACCAGCCAGAGGGCCAUCUCCUUUGCAGGGUGCACUGCCCAGCACUUCCUCUACCUGACCUUGGCAGGGGCAGAGUUCUUCCUCCUAGGACUCAUGUCCUACGACCGCUACGUGGCCAUCUGCCACCCUCUGCGCUACCCUGUACUGAUGAGUCGCAAGGUCUGCCUGCUGAUCGUGGUGGCCGCCUGGCUGGGAGGGUCUGCAGAUGGUUUCCUGCUCACCCCAGUCACCAUGCAGUUCCCCUUCUGUGCCUCUCGGGCAAUCAACCACUUUUUCUGCGAGGUCCCCGCCCUUCUGAAGCUCUCCUGCAGGGACACCUCAGCCUAUGAGACAGCCAUGUAUGUGUGCUGCAUCCUGAUGCUUCUCAUUCCCUUCUCCGUCAUCUCAGCCUCUUACACCAGGAUUCUCAUUGCUGUUUACAGGAUGAGUGAGGCAGAGGGCAGGCGGAAGGCCGUGGCCACCUGCUCCUCUCACAUGGUGGUGGUCAGCCUCUUCUAUGGGGCCGCCAUGUACACUUAUGUGCUGCCCCACUCUUACCACACCCCUGAGCAAGACAAGGCAGUCUCUGCCUUCUACACCAUCCUCACGCCCAUGCUCAACCCGCUCAUCUACAGCCUGAGGAACAAGGAUGUCACAGGAGCCCUGCAGAGGACUCUAGGAAAGUGUUUGGCCUCAAGAAAGGUAACCGCUUUCUAAAGAUAUUGCAUUUGGUGUUAAAGCUUUGAAAAUAAGAGUAGAGGACCUCCUCAUCACCUUUGAAUUUGAGUAUUCUCUGCUUGGAUACUUAAAGGUCACCCACAUGCCAGCAAUUGUGUGGAAUUCUUGGUAUUUGACAUGAGGGUGUGAACAGUGACCCGUUGAGGGUGGAGUGGGAAAACAGUGGAGGUUGCAAUAGUCCCCCCCACCCACCUGCUUUUCACAAUUGUGCGUUCUCCUGGACUCACAGGAGCUUGGUCCUGCCCACGCUCUGUCCUGGC